AUGGUUGAUCAUCUCCUGGGAACAUGGAAAUCAACCUCAUGUGAAAACUUUGAUGCAUACAUGAAAGAAUUAGGAGUCGGCUUAGCCACCAGGAAACUGGGCACGCUGGCCAAACCCAGCAUGACCAUCAGUGCUGACGGCGAUGUGGUAACCAUCCAAACCAAAAGUGCCUUUAAAAAUAAUGAGAUCUCUUUUAAGCUUGGUGAGGAGUUUGAUGAAACCACACCAGAUGACCGGAAAACCAAGAGCAUUGUGACCUUAGAAAAUGGGUCAUUAAAUCAGGUCCAGAAUUGGGAUGGCAAAGAGACCACAAUAAAGAGACAAGUGGUAGAUGGGAAAAUGGUGGUGGAAUGCACCAUGAAUGACAUCACCUGCACUAGGAUCUAUGAGAAAGCCUGA